AUGUCAGAUGAGACCACCUUGAUGGUUGAAACCAUCUCUGCACAGGAAAUAAAGGUGGGCAGAGAGAAGAAUAUAAGAGACAUGGUGCUGAAAAGUGGCUCAUGGAUUAUGUGGGCCGCCACGUACUCAACAGCCAAGCCCGUGAAAAAUAGCAACGCGCAAGGAACGAGUCCCAGAUGCAGAGCCGCAUCCGCAGUCACAGCACUGGUCUUCAGAGGGCACGACGGCUUGUCCAUGUGGGCACGAACACCGAGAGCUGCCCGCCUUUGGCUGGAACUCGGCGACUGGCACAAGAGUAGGCAGCCGUCUGUUUACACAUCCAGUCAAGCGACAGUGCGCUAUGCCUCACAGAGCUUUAGGCGGAAUGGAAAUCACAAGGAGUCAGCUUCAGGGAGUGGUGCGGGGUGGGAUAAAUACAGCCCUGAGUGGCAGCUCAGAGAGAGCCAGCCCCAGUACCCACAGUUACAUCGCCCUCCUGGAACCGCUAAGGAGCAUAAUAAGAAAUACACAGAACUGAUCGUAGAGCUGCCCUUUCUCCCGGCAAUUCAGACGGGAAAAGGAUUUGUUAGCUACCAGGAAUCUGAGAGUUUUCGAAUCCUGCUGGAUGGGAGUUCUAAACGUUGUGACAUAGACUUUUCUGAUUGUAUAGAGUCACUCACAGAUCCUACACCAUACAACUGUAUCAUUGCUUCACAGAAAAGAAGACUCUUCAACUUUAGCAGGUUCUUCCCACCUGUGAAACACCUGGGAAAUGAACCAGGGGAGCUCAGCACUUCUUCGAGCAUGGGCCUCCCAAGAGAGCGCGUGCGGGCCAUCCUGGCGGCGCACGCUUACCCCGGGAUGCGGCUCUGGCCCCUGAGGCCGUCGUUCGCCAGCCCCGACCCCGAACAGCCGGCCGGAGACGCCCCGGGGACCUUGCCCCGGAGGCCUGUCUCGCCGAGCGCGCUGGCGGGGUCCUUGUCGCUGGCGUCCCGGGGCUCGGCGCCGCGUACGUCUUGGAGCGCGCGGGAGACAGAGCUACUGCUGGGCGCGCUGCUGUUGGGCGCGCUGCUCCGCCAGGCGCUGGCCCCCUCCCGCCGCGUGUUGGGCGAGCUGGUCGGGCAGCAGGUGCACCGCCCCCGCCAGUGCCGCCGCCGCCACUACCGGUUACUCCGGGUCAGCUUCCCCCAGGCGCAAGGCCAGCCGUCCGGGCCCCUCGACGAGCACACCCCAGAGCUCACGAGGCUGCCUGGCGACCACGGGCGCAAACUGCCCCGCCGCCGCUACCGGGGGUCUGAGCGCCCCCAGCAAGGCCGCGGUCCAGCCCCCAGCGUACCCGCGCCGGCUCGCGGCCAAGCAGGAGCCGCCCCGCUGCCGACCGCCCGCAGCCCCCACGCUGACCCCGCCUGGACGCCCCACUUCAACCGGUCCCCUCGGAGGUCUGCGGACACCUCCCGCGCACCUCCGCCGCUGAACGCCGCCCUGCUGCUGACCCUGGGGCACCUGCACCGCCUCAUGAGCAUUCUGGGCCCGCUGCGCGACCAGCUGCGGACCCUGAACCAGCACGUGGAGCAUCUGCGCGGCGCCUUCUGCAAGACAGUGUCCCUGGCCGUGGGCUUCGUUCUGGGCAGUGCGGCGGCCGUGGGCUUCAUCCUGGGCAAUGCGGCCGCCUAGCGAGGGGUCACCAGGAACUCGUGCCAGUGACGCCCGGCUGCGGCUGCUGGCAGCCUCCGCCGCUCCAGGCCGGGGCCCUUCCGCCCUGACUCCUCCUGCUGCCUUCCCAUCCCCACGCCUGUAAAAGCAUUGUUCAGUAAAAGCAUUGUUUUCCUAGAAAAAGCAGAAGACGUCAUAAUCUACUUUUUUUUUUUUUUUUUUUUUUUGAGACGGAGUCUUGCUCUGUCGCCAGGCUGGAGUGCAGUGGCCCGAACUCCGCUCACUGCAACCUACGCCUCCUGGGUUCAAGCGAUUUUCCUUUCUCAGCCUCCUGAGUAGCUGGGAUUACAGGUGCCCGCCACCACGCCCAGCUAAUUACCGUAUUUUUACUACAGGUAGGGUUUCACUGUGUUGACGAGGUUAGUUUCGAACUCCUUAUACCUCGUGAUCUGCCUGCCUCGGCCUCUCAAAGUGCUGAGAUUACAAGCGUGAGCCACCACGCUCUGCUAAAAGUGCCACAAUCUUUUCAAGGUAAUACGAGAUACUUGUUUACUAUAAGCACGUUCACGGCAAGCCUCAAUUUCAUAACCUAACAAUUUCAAGUACAACUGGACCUACUGGGUGGCUUUUUUUUUUUUUUUUUGGAUACAGGGUCUUGCUCUAUCACCCAGAAUAGAGUACAGUGGCACAAUCAUGGCUCACUGCAGCCUCGAACUCCUGAGCUUAAGUGAUCCUCCCACCUCAGCAUCCCGAGUAGCUGGGUCUAAAGACAUGCCCCACCAUGCCCAACUAACUUAUAAAUUUUUUUUGUAGAGAUGAGGCCUUACUAUGUUGCCCAGGCUGAUCUUGAGCUCCUUCGCUCAAGCAGUCCUCUACCUCUCCCCAAAUAUUGGGAUUAUAGGCAUGAACCACCACUCUUGGCCUCUGCAUAGCAUUUCAUAGAAAACAUGAAGAGGAUAUUAUAAAUUUUGCAUUAACAGAUUUCUAUAAUUAAAAAUCUUGGCUAGAUUGUUUUUCCUCUACUCUUAUUAGUAGAGUUAAUAUCUGUUUAUUGAGCACUUACUAUGGGCUAGGUGCUAAGGACACAAUAGUGAACAAGACUAGUCACAUAAGAUCCCUGUCCUAAUGAAGCUCACCUUGGGGGUGGGGAGGGGGGAACAUGAUAAAAAUGCAGACAAGUGUGUUGAUGUAAUAAUUUCAGAUCAUAAAGUUGUGAAGAAAUUAGUGUGGGAUAUGUGGGGGAAAUUGGGAAUAGUUUUGCUUUAAAAUGUCAGGGAAGGCCUCUCUAAAGAAGAACCACCAGAGAUGAGACUUGAAAGGGAGCCCGUGCGAACAGAGGGUGGGGUAGGGAAGAUGGGGAGCAGGCAGGGCCCCUCCCUUAGGUCCCUUGGGCCAUGGUAAAGAAUCUGGAUGCUAUUUCUGUAAGUGCAAUGUUCGAGGCAGUGACAGGAUAGGGUUCGAACUUUUAGAAGUUCACACUGUGGAAAACGAAGGGCAGAGGGGCAAGAGCUGAAGCCAGGAGACCCGUUAGAAAGCUGCUGCAGUCAUCAAGAAGAGAUAUGAUUGUGAUAUGAAUGUUGAUUACAAGUUGGCAGUGGUGGUGAUGAGCUCAGAUAUGGGAUAAACUGGGACACAGCUUGAAAGAGAGCUGAUGGAAAUUGCCGAUAGAGUGACGAUGGAGUUCCACUUCGACUAAAAGGGCAAGUUAUUAAUUUAUGUGAAUCUCAAUGGUUUUGUCAUCAUUUGAGUAUACCACCUGGUUGUCCCCUGAGCCUGUGUGUCUCGAAGGAGCACAGCGAUGCAGGCACUAAGCGUUGAAAGCUGAAGCCAGGCCUGUCCUAAAUGUUAUUUGAAACAGGUGGUGUUAAUUAAUGCCCCUCUGGCUGUAUGGCAGCAAGCUGUAGAGCUCCCUUCUGGGGCCAUCCCUCUAGGUCUCAGUUCCCUUUGUUCGAAAUCAGAGCAGUAGCAUUUGGGUUACUUAGGAUUUCACAUGAAUCAUUCUUGGGGGAACUAGGGGCAGGGUAAUGAAUGCUACUAAUUAGCCUGCUAAGUAGUCUCUGUAACUAGAGGAUAUUUGGUUGCAACUAGAAAGCUGAGGUGAUUAUCUCUUUAUUAUGUAUGAAUCUUAUUUACAUGAGCCACAUGGGCAUUUAUGACCGAUUAGCUCAGAUAAAUGGACAUCCAGGCUAAUGACAGCAUCACAAAUUCAUUCCCUGUAGAACUCUUCUGUUUUAGGGCUGUAAACGCUAUUCCUUGUAGUAUGAGGUGGCCGGCAAGUCUGGAAACACUAUUUGUAUUUAUGAUUUAUAAACCAUUUGUUACGCUUUCA